AGCAAAGAAAAUGACGAUCAAUUUAGUCCCUCUACUUCUCUCCAUAAUCACCAUCUUCAAUCCAACCGCCAUUGCAGACCAAAAUCAAAUCCUCAACGCAACAAGCCAAUGGCUCCAUUUCCCGCCGAAUUUGAACGAGUCAACUAUCAAAUUCUCCAUUCCAACGAUAAUCGCCGCCGUUCUCUCAUUCUUCGCCGCCUCAAUCUCCAGCGCCGGAGGCGGUGCACUCUUCCUCUCAAUAAUGACGACAAUCUCCGGUCUCGAAAUGAAAACAGCUUCGAGCUUCUCAGCGUUCAUGAUAACCGGAGUCUCCAUAGCAAACGUGGGAUGCAAUCUUUUCGCCAGAAACCCUAAAUCAAGAGACAAAACAUUAAUCGAUUUCGAUUUAUCUCUCACUCUUCAGCCAUGUCUACUUCUUGGAGUUAGUAUUGGUGUGAUCUGUAACCGUAUGUUCCCAAAUUGGCUUGUGUUGUCACUCUUCGCUGUGUUCCUCGCCUGGUCAACGAUGAAGACAUGUAAAAAGGGAGUUUCUUACUGGAAUUUGGAGUCGGAAAGAGAGAAGAUUAGGAGUCGAAGAGAUGAUGAUAGGAUCAAGGUAGCGAGAUCGCCGCUUCUGGCUAAUGAAGGAGAAGCUGAAGUAGAGAGAGGAAUGAUUAGGUUUCCAUGGAUGAAGCUUGGAGUUUUAGUGAUCAUUUGGUUAGUGUUCUUCUCUAUUAAUCUUUUUCGUGGAAACAAAUACGGUCAGGGAAUCAUAUCGAUCAAGCCAUGUGGAGGUCUCUACUGGUUCCUCUCGUCGCUUCAAAUACCUCUCACUAUCUUCUUUACUCUCUGCAUUUGUUUCAAUGACAAUGUUCAAAGCAACCACACUUCACAUAGUAACCAAGACUCUGAAAAGGUCCAAUACCACUUGCUGUUGAUUAAAUUAGCUUUUUGUUGGUCAAAAUUAAAGUCAACAGUAUUUGCUCUGGUCUGCUUUGUGGCAUCCCUGGUCGGACUUUUGGUGGUUAAGAAGGUUAUAGCCAAGUAUGGGAGGGCUUCGAUCAUUGUGUUUGCCGUUGGUAUCGUCAUGGCACUUAGCACUGUACUGAUGACGACCCAUGGAGCUCUUAAUGUUUGGAAUGAUUUUGUCUCUGGUGGCUACAUGGGUUUCAAAUUACCCUGUUAAGAACCAAAAUUAAAUAA